AUGGCCUCACUCGGAUCCAAGCUCCGGUUCCUUAUUACGGCGGGUGUUGGGUUCUUCGCUGAUGGUUAUCUCAAUUUGACAAUUGGUCUUGUCGUUCCCAUUCUCGGAUAUCUGUAUUAUCAAGAUGGCAAGGUUCCAACAGUUGAUAGUGACGUUAUGAAGGGUGGUUUGAGCUUGGGAAUGGUCAUUGGCCAGCUGCUCUUUGGAGUCCUAAGUGAUGUCUGGGGUCGACACACCAUAUACGGCAAAGAACUUCUUUUGACAAUUCUCGGUACCUUGUUAGUAAUUCUACUACCCUGGAAAGGCAUGGAUCCACGAUCUAUAACCGCUUGGGUGGCCAUAUUCCGUGUUUUAACUGGAGUCGGAAUUGGAGCUGACUACCCUCUGUCAUCGUCUCUUGCCGCGGAGAAAUCACCUUUUGGUACCCGUGCAACCCAAGUCUUGACGGUCUUCUCAAACAUCGGCCUCGGCAACAUGGCAGCCAGCAUUGUUUUUCUAGUCCUUCUCAAGGCUUUUCAAGGAUCUAUCGCAGCAAACAUAGCACACUUGGAAUGGGUUUGGCGCCUGCUUUUGGGCAUCGGUAUCAUUCCGGCUGUUUUCACUCUCUAUGCCCGCCUGACCAUUGCAGAGACUUUGCCCUACAAGCAAUAUGUUUGCGAUGAGGCUACCGGACAGAAGCGUGAUCUCAAGCAACAAUGGCGGGACUUUCGGGAGUAUUUUGGCGAAUGGAAACAUGCACGCGUCCUCUUUGCGACAUCCGCGGCUUGGUUUCUUUUCGACAUUGCUUACUACGGAGUAAACCUCAACCAAAGUGUCGUGCUCACUCGAAUCGGUUUCGCGAAGGGAGCAAGCCCCUGGGAGACCUUGUACAACACAGCAAUCGGAAACAUCAUUGUACAGUCAGCCGGAUAUUUGCCAGGAUUCUACGUCGGUAUCUUUCUCCCCGACCGCAUUGGUCGCGUGCGCCAGCAAUUCUUAACAUGUGUUGGAGUCUGUGUUAUGUACGCUAUCUGGGCUGGAAUUAGCUCACCGACUGCACACACUUCAACGGCGGGCUUGAUGAUUGUCUUUGCAAUCUCCCAAUUUCUUCUAACCGUGGGGCCCAAUCUCACCACAUUUCUGCUUCCCGCGGAGGCAUUUCCAACCCGCGUUCGGGGAACUGCUCACGGAAUCUCUGCGGCUGCGGGAAAGUGUGGCGCUAUCCUGACUUCAUUUGCUUUCGGGACGGUCGAGGAUAUUAUUGGGUUGGAUGGUGUUCUUGGGCUUUUCUCUGGGAUCAUGUUGCUCACUGCACUUGUGACACUGUGGACUCCCGAGACGAAGAAUCAUACCCUUGAGGGAAUUGAGGGUGGUGACUUGUAUCAAAAGGAAAGCUCUCAAACUAUUGAGGUCCAUACUAAAUAA